AUGACUAUCGUUACUCAGUUAGCCUUACCUCGCCCGUCAGCUGUUGAUCCGCCUCUGGCGGAGACUAGGAGGAACAAGAUCCCUGAGAAUAGAAAUUGGCAGGAACAUGUUAACUCUGUUUUUGAGGGAAUUCUCGCAGCUCGUGGAAGGCUUGUGAGGAGGGAUGCGAAAAUUGAAAUUAUUGGUGCUUCAGAAGGGGGACUUGGUGCGGUUAGGUAUCUGGUAAGGAAUUGGCCCGCCUGGCGCGACAAUAUCUCAGCACUCUGCCUCGCUAACCCGCUACACACUAAAUCCUUCGACCUCAUCUCUUCCGAACCCAACACUACCGGAAGCAAGAACGCAGGUUUAGACUCUGCAUCUUUCCCAUCCUUCGUAUCCUCCCGCUGUCGUGCAGCUUAUGAAAGCCCUGAAUUUUGUGAAGCGCAGCUUAUUGUCCGCGACAUUCGAGAAGAGGAGGUUGUUUCGGAAAGCAAUGGGGGUGCGAAUGGGGCGUGA